UUGUUUUGACCAAUCAGCGUCAAUACGGCUCAAACGCGUCGACCAAUCAUAUCUUCGAAUUUUUGUCAUGUCUCGGCAUGUUCAUGUAUCCAGUGCUGCUGCUACUGCUCACCGGGUCCACGUGUUGGCAGAGAUGUAAAUUCACAAAGUGUCAUGUCAGCUUUACCCUGGAGACACCUCCUCAUUAGCCCUGUUGAAGAUCAGAAUAUUUCGGAAAGGACCAACAAAAAAACAACCAUGAUUUCCCAGCAAGCAAAUGGACGUAAGCGGAGGAAAAAGAGCAAAAGGAAAUCUCAUGCCAUGGAAACUCCGUGUGAACAAAGAGGGAAAAAAAGAAAAUUAAACGAUAUUCUAGAAAAUAAAGAGCAAUGUGCUAGACCAAGUGAUGUUUUGAACUCUUUAUUAGAACAGGGAAAUGAUUUACAAAUCAAAAGGCCCAAAAAUAACCCACAAAGGACUGAAGAAGCUAAAUCUGCACUAUUUCUCAAUGACAGCUGGGAGGUUGACAGUGGCUUUUCAUCAGGGAUCAGUCCAUCCACCAGUGGCAGGAGUUCACCAUGUGUGGGAAUCGACCAUUUAAACAUAAUAGCCAUGGACUGUGAAAUGGUGGGCACCGGGCCUGGUGGCAAGUGUAGUGAAGUGGCACGCUGCAGCAUUGUAGAUUAUUAUGGUCGUGUUAUUUAUGACAAAUAUAUUUUGCCUCAGCAUCCAGUCACAAAUUAUCGCACGAGAUGGAGUGGCAUUAGGAAACAUCAUUUAGCACAAGCAUUACCUUUUGAGGAUGCUCGUAAUGAGAUCCUUGACAUCAUGAAAGGAAAAAUUAUUAUUGGUCAUUCCCUGUAUAAUGACCUUAAGGUUCUGGACAUCUCCAUCCCAACACACAUGGUUAGAGACACCUGCUCCUGCAGCCUGCUAAAUGAGUUGUUUGAUGCCUGUGAUGGGUGCAACAUCUCUUUGAAGAAACUGGCUGAGAAGCUACUUAGUAGGACCAUACAGGUUGGCAGAAUGGGCCACUGCUCCGUAGAGGAUGCUCGUGCUACAUUGGACUUGUACAAACUGGUGGAGGACCAGUGGGAAAAAGACUUGUCCCAAGAUUCAAUAGACCAUACCUCAAACCCCAACGACUCCCUGGAACACUACAUGCAGGACCAGUAUUGGCCAGAAUCUGUGAUGGAUUGCAGUAUAUAACAUAAAGCCUUAUAUUUAGGGCUGUGAAUUGUAUUUCAUUUUGUAUGUUAUUUAAACAUUAUUUAAUAUAUUUUACACACCACACUUGACAUGUUAACAUUCAUUACUGCCAGAUUACUGUGGGAACACAGUGAAACUCAGGUUGUAGAACUAAAAUAUUGCACAUGAAACUAUUAUAAAGAGCGUGUGAUUAUCAUAUGGAUACCUUUUAACUUUGUAAAAGUUAAUAAUGUUCAUUUAAGGGAUUUGAAAGAUUAAACUUUCAAGUAGUUAAAAAGCUUGAA